AGUGGGGGGGCCUCCAAUGCAAGCAGCAGUCCCCAGUCCAGUUGGGCGCUGUGCCAGCGCCCCUGCCCCCGGGACCAGUAUUUCAGUGGGUCCUUCCCGGGCCGUCCUAUCCAGGCACUGAACCAGUCGGAAGAGACGUACCAUGAGGAGCUCAGCCGGCUCAGCACUGGCCUGACCUUGGCCCCCCGGGGGGCCUGAGACCAAUAUGUGACCGCGGCUCAGGUGCGUCCUGGGGCGUAGCCUCUCCGUCCAUGUGCCUGGGUCUGGCUCCCACCACGGAGAAAUAUGAGGAGGCCGUGCCCCGGAGCUAGGGGGAGGCCUGUGGGGGCCAACUUAUCUCUGCCACCACUGUUGCUGCCUCCUCUGCUUUUGCUUCUGGGAAGCGUGUGGGCUUCUGGGACCCCAGCCAAAUCGGGACCUGAGGAAGACGACGGAACUCUAUCCAGUAGUCGAGUAAAGAGAGGCUGGGUCUGGAACCAAUUCUUCGUGGUGGAGGAGUACACGGGUACCGAACCUUUGUAUGUGGGCAAGAUCCAUUCUGACUCUGAUGAAGGUGAUGGCUCUAUCAAAUACACUAUCUCUGGGGAGGGGGCUGGGACAAUCUUCCUGAUUGAUGAAUUGACCGGUGACAUUCAUGCCAUGGAGCGGCUUGACCGGGAGCAGAAAACUUUCUAUACACUUCGAGCCCAGGCACGGGAUAGGGCUACAGACCAGCUCCUGGAACCCGAGUCAGAGUUUAUCAUCAAGGUCCAGGACAUCAACGACAGCGAACCUCGCUUCCUGCAGGGCCCCUACAUUGGCAGUGUGGCUGAGCUCUCACCCAUAGGCACUUCAGUAAUGCAGGUGAUGGCAUCAGAUGCAGAUGACCCCACGUAUGGGAGCAGCGCACGACUGGUGUACAGUGUCCUGGAUGGUGAGCAGCACUUCACUGUGGACAACAAGACAGGUGUGAUCCGCACAGCAGUGGCCGACUUGGACCGAGAGAAACAGGAGCGUUACGAGGUUGUGAUCCAGGCCACAGACAUGGCUGGCCAGCUGGGAGGCUUGUCGGGCUCCACCACAGUGACCAUCGUCAUUACUGAUGUCAAUGACAACCCACCCCGCUUCCCACAGAAGAUGUACCAGUUCAGCAUCGUGGAGACAGCACCCAUUGGCACUGCCAUUGGGCGAGUGAAGGCUGAGGACUCAGAUGUGGGAGAAAACACUGACAUGACAUACCAGCUCAAGGACGAGGGCGGCGGGGACAUGUUCAAGGUCACCACAGACAGCAACACCCAGGAGGCCAUCAUCACUGUGCAGAAGUGCCUGGAUUUUGAGGCUCAGGCCACACACACAGUGGUACUUGAGGCCUUGAACAAGUUUGUGGACCCACGAUUUGUAGACCUGGGAACCUUCAGGGACCAAGCGAUCGUCCGGGUGACGGUGAUGGAUGUGGACGAGCCCCCCGAAUUCCGGCCGCCCUCUGGGCUCAUGGAAGUGCAGGAAGAUGCCCAAAUCGGCUCCGUUGUGGGCGUGAUAACAGCGCUGGACCCUGAUGCUGCCAACAGGCCUGUCCGGUACGCCAUCGACCGUGACUCAGAUUUGGAGCAGAUCUUCAACAUCGAUGCUGACACUGGUGCCAUUGUGACAGGCAAGGGAUUGGACCGGGAGACAGCAGGCUGGCACAACAUCACUGUGCUGGCCAUGGAGGCUGACAAUCACUCACAGGUAUCCAGAGCAUCCCUUCGGAUACGGAUCCUAGACGUGAACGACAACCCUCCAGAACUGGCUACCCCCUAUGAAGCUGCUGUAUGUGAGGAUGCAAAGCCUGGCCAGCUCAUUCAGACCAUCAGUGUGGUGGACCGAGAUGAACCACAGGGAGGUCAUCGAUUUUACUUCCGUCUGGUGCCUGAGGCCGUCAGUAACCCUCAUUUCUCGCUGCUUGAUAUCAAAGAUAAUACAGCAGCCGUGCACACACAACACGUGGGCUUCAACCGACAGGAGCAAGAUGUCUUCUUCCUCCCCAUACUGGUGGUGGACAGUGGGCCACCCACACUCAGCAGCACAGGAACCCUCACCAUCCGUGUGUGUGGCUGUGAUAGUGCUGGUGCCAUCCAGUCCUGCAACACCACAGCCUAUGUGAUGGCUGCCUCACUGAGCCCAGGGGCCCUCAUUGCCCUGCUGGUCUGCAUCCUCAUACUGGUUGUGCUGGUCCUGCUCAUCCUCACGCUGAAGCGCCACCACAAAAGCCACCUGAGCUCAGAGGAAGACGAGGACAUGAGAGACAACGUCAUCAAGUACAACGACGAGGGUGGUGGAGAGCAGGACACGGAGGCCUACGACAUGUCGGCGCUGCGGAGCCUGUACGACUUUAGCGAGAUCAAAGGCGGGGAUGGCGGCGGGGGAGGGGGCAGCUGCGGCGGGGGCGGCCUCCAGUCUGGUCUGCAGUCGGAGCGCCCCUCCCUCCCGCUUCCACAGGGGGCCCCGAGCCCGGAGCUGGACUUCUCCCUCUUCAGGGACUUCAUCAGCAGGAAAGUGGCGCUGGCGGACGCGGACUUGUCUGUGCCGCCUUACGACGCUUUCCAGACGUAUGCUUUCGAGGGUGCGGACUCGCCCGCAGCCUCGCUCAGUUCGGUACACACCCGCUCGAGCUCAGAGCAGGACUUCUCCUAUCUCAGCAGCUGGGGGCCACGGUUCCGCCCGCUGGCCGCGCUCUAUGCCGGGCACAGGGCAGACGAGGAGGGUGACGCGUCCUAGCCCGCCCUUCUCCUCGGGGCUCCGUGACUCUGGCAUUGAGGCAGCUCCGAAAGACCAAAGCACCCCCCACCACCCCACCCGCUCACCUCAGUUCCCACCGUCUGAUCAAACCUCACUCGGAGAGCCUUGAGUUUGGGGGUGGGGGUGGGGAGGGUCGGGGAACAGAAAGAAGCAGAUACAGACCCGGGGCCCUUCCCCAAUGCUAACCCUCUUCACCCUCAACUUCGUGCCCAGAGCUCGCGGGGAGCUCAGAGCGCGUGUCCCGUGGUCUCUCAACCCCAUCUGUAUUAAAAGUCCCGCACUGACAAUCCGGAGUGAUUAGGGGAAGGGGAAAUCCUGGAGCUUUCCAGGCGGGGGGCAUUCAGAGGGUCAGUGAAAACGGAUUUGGGGUGUGCUUUGACCUUUAGAGGCAUGAGAAAUGGGGUGGGGGAGGAGACUGUGAUCCGUCAGGAAACAAAACCUGGGUUAGAAAUAAGGGAAGUUGUAGGGGGGCUUUCUCCGGCAUCUCUCCUAGUCUCUAGGGGAGCAGAUGCUGGGAAGAGGAAAUGGGAGCCUUUUUUAUUUGAAGGACUAUUAUGUGGAAGAGUUACUGGGUUUCAGCAUGGUCACUGGAAGGCAUACGUAGGUAGUGCCGGGUUGGAAGUGGGGGUGAGUGGAAUGGCAGAGACAGUUCUGCCAGACAUUACGAAAACUUUCUAACGAAGAGAUCUGUCUGAAAGUAGAAUGGACUGCUUCUGUGGGUAGUGAGCCCUUUGUCAAAGAUUUUCAAGCAAAGGCUGGAUGACUUCUUGUCAGGAAAGUUGUAAAGGGGGUUCCUAUUCAGGGAGGUGGCCUGAGAGACCUCUAAGUUCUCUUUCUAGCUGCAAUGAUUACUACUCUAUAUAGAGGGAAAACACCCUUCUCCCAACCUAAGGCUCCCUUGCCCCAAAAGAAAGACCCAUUAAGAGCAUAUUCAAUUCAAUAAGAGUUUAUUAUUAACCUGUGUGCCAGACACUGGGGGAUACCAAAGCAAAAACGAAAAACUGUGACUUCGAAGAAAUUAUAUUCUCCUGGAAGGAAAAUAACAUGUACAAGUAAACACAAAAUAAAUACAGAGGGGACACUGACAACUAGGGGGGAUCAUAAAAGCCUCUAGUGAGAGGUGGAACUUGAGUUGAGUCCUGAAGGGAACUAGGGAUUCCAGGAGGCUUUUCGAGCAGCAAUUUGUAUGGAGCCAGGAGAUAUAUCCUGUAGGGGGAAUAUCAAGUUAGGUUGGAAUAGUCAGUGAAGAUGGACAAUAUCCAUUAAUCCUGGAAAAAUAGGCUGGAGUCUGAUUAUUAUGGGCUUAAACACAAAACAAUGUUGUUUGGUGGUGGUGGUGGACGGGGUUAUCCUAGGGAAAAUAGGGAGCCAAUGAAAGUUUGAGCUAGGUAAUGACACAGUUAUGUGCUUACUGCAACCAACCACAACCAUCUUCUGGGGGGUAGGAAAGGAAGUUGGGGGAGGCAAAAUCUGCUCAGAGUGAAGAAGAGAUCCUGGGAGUUAAGACAAGGGGAUGUCUGAGCCAUCACGUGAUUUCUCAGAGCCCCUUUUUGUGCGGGUCUCUGGAAACUAAGGAGAUUUCCUGAGCCCUGGAAACAAGUGGGGAAGACUUGAGCUAGAGUGGCAACUCGAAAGGCUGGGAGUGAGGUAGGGCCUGGGUUUUUCUUCCUUUCCUCCCUUCCCUUACUUCUGCCCUCCUUGUCUCUAAGGUACAGUUACCUUUGGGGUUGCGCAGGCGCAGGGAGAAGCCAGACUUCAGAAUGCCAGGUGCCGUUAGUGCCUCUAGGGUGUGAUUCAAGAGAGAUGGAUGGAGCCGCCAGGCUGGUUGGUGGGGGCCAAGGAAAAAAAGGUGGAGAUCUUUAAUCUAUCCGCCUACAGGGACUGAUCUAUUUCUCCUAGACGUGGGCGACUGCAAGGGAACGGAGGGAAGGGAAGACUGGUGGCUGUGGGAGAGGUUCCAGCAAGGAGAAUAGAGAAUCUAACCUCAACGCCCUGGGUCCUCGAUGUCCCCUCUCUCAGAGAUCUCUGCACCCUGAGUCUACUGACAGAGGGAGAAAAACAAAAGAAAGAUGCAGUGGCCUUACCUUUGUAGAGAAGAAAUAUGAAGACUGGUACCCCCUCAUGAGCUCAAGGCCCUGACCUGGGCUGAAGGGAAUAAUUAGCUGUAAGUUUGGCCCUGUGCUGUAAUAGACAAUCUAGGAAGAAAUUCACAGAUCAAGUCUCAGGAUAUCACAGCUGAAAGUGAUGUUAGAACAACAUAGAAUGUUAGGGUCAGAAGAUUCCCUUAGGAAAUCAGUUAACAGCAACAACAAAAAAGUUCUUCUGACUCCCAAGCCAAGGAGAUUUGCCAUUACAUCAUAACUGAAAUUGGGCUAUAAUACAUUGACUUCAGUCUGUAAGUUUACAAGGUUGCAAGAUUUCCUCUAAAGUUAUACAAUCCUAGAGUCCCAGAUGGAAGAAGUUUGGAAGAUCUUGAGUUCACCAUUUCUUGAGCAGAAAUCUAGUUUGUAUCAAUGUUAAUAAGUAAUUAUCAGGCCUCUUUGCUUGAAGGCUCUCUAUUAUGGGGAGCCCACUAUCAUAUGACACACUCCAUUCCAUUUCUAGACUGCUCUGAUUGUUAUGUCAGGGACUCUUUUUCUUCCCUUCCCACACCUGUCUCUGUCUCUGUCUCAAUCUCUCUGUCUCUUUUUUUUCUCUUUCUCAUCAUUCUGCUCUCUAGGGCCAAAAAGAUUAAUAACAGCUCACAUUUAUGUAGACUUUAAUGUCUGCACAAUGAUUUACAUAUUUUGGCAUCUCAUUUGAUCUUCCUUUGAGGGAGGUACUAUUGUCAUUACCAUUUUUACAGAUGAGAAAAGUGAAGCUCAUAGAAGGGCUUAGGGUCAUACAUCUAAGGCAGUAUUUAUAUCUAGGUCUUCCUGACUUCAAAUUCAGUUCCGUAUUCUCUAGGCUGCUAAGUGGUGCAGUGGAAUAGAACAUGGAGGCUGGAAUUCUGAAGAGGUGAGUUCAAAUCUGGCUUCAGACACUUAUUAGUUGCCUGACUCUGGGCAAACCACUUUACUGUCUGCCUCCAGUUUCCUUAACUUUAAAAUGAGGAUAAUCAAAGCACCUACCUCAUAGGAUUGUGGUGAGGAUCAAAUUUGAUAAUAUUUUAAUACUUUUUAGCACAGUAUCGGGCCCACAGUAGUUGCUUAAAAAGAAGUUCAUUCCCUUCUUCCUCCCACUACACCCCAAAACUCUUAUCUCUUGUCACAAGGUUUCAAAUACUUGAAGUCAAAUGAUCGUAUUUCCUCUCCUCUUUUUUCUAGGUUCCCAAACCAGCUCUUUUAUAACACCUUUUCCAACCCCCAACUAUUCUUUGCUUACCUUUCAUAUCUCCAGCUCUAGAGGUGUUAUCUUUUUAGCAAAGCUCCACCCUUGAACUGUCCUUCCCCUCCUCUUAGGAUCUCUGCUCUUAAACUGCAUGCAUUCCUCCAAACACCCUCCCUUCCUCUCUUUAAAUAAACACUUUGCCCCAACUAAGAAAAGCUGGGUUAGCCUGUGAGUUGGCUGUUUCCCUGAAGGCCAUUCCCUCCAGUUUUGACGAAUACUUUGCCAUGCCUAAUUGACAACAGCUCUGAUUCAAUUCAAGCAAGGUUUGGGUAUCAAAUCAACCUCCACUACAUUUGUUAAGUACCCGCUGUAAUAAUAACUCACAUCUCUACAGCUUUGUCUUCACAACUCUAUGAAGUAGUGAUAAUAAUUUCACUGACAUUUAUAUGACAUUUAUAAGUUUGUAAAGUGUUUUACAUAUGUUAGCUCAUUUAAACCUCACUGCAGCCUGUGGGGUAGGUACUACUGACAGGCCCAUUUUACAGAUGAGAAAACUGAAGGCUUUGUUCAGGUUCACACAGCUAGGAAGCAUCUGAAGUGGGAUUUGAAUGUUAGAGCUAGUGUGUUGUAUACCCAUUUUUAUGGAUUAGAAAAUCGAGCCUCAGAAUAGGGAAGUAAUUUGUCCAAAGUUAUAAAAAUAGUGUCGAAAGUCACUGCUAGAAUCCUGAUCUCCUGACUAAAAGUCCAGUGCUCAACCUAUGCAAUGGUGUUACCUCUAACAUGGGGUCCUGUGCUAGGUUCUAUGGGAGGUAAUUAUAACAACUCAGCAACAUUACCUAGAGAGAAAGAUAAGACACAGAGCAUCUGAACUGAUGAAGACACUGAUGGCGAGGUUGUGUUCUGGGAGAAGUACUAUGGGAGUAUGAGUUUGGAAAGACAACUUUUAGCUAGGGGAAUUUAGUUAGGGCAUUAUGAGCUGAACUUUGAGGGACAGAUAAGAUUUCGAUAAGGGACUGAAAGGGACCCCAGAUCCAGAGGCAAGUAAGUUUAUCAAACCUCCCUACAGUUCCUACCAGAAGAAACAGGUUUGAAGUUAGUCUCUACUUCCUCUAUUCUGGGUUUGUAUCCCCUCUGGAGGGAUACUUGGCAUAUAUAUAUCUUCCAGGGAAGAAACCCUGUAACUGGAUAUCCUCAUAGGAACUGAAAUCUAGAUGAGCUCCAAGUGCAUUCUUAUGGAAGAAGGCUUCUUUGGGGCUUUUCCAGCCCUCAUUUCACUAGAAAGCCCAUUUGGUCAUAUUUCAGCCCAUAAUCUUACCCUCUCCUGGAGUCAGAAGAAAAACCUGAGUUCAAAUCUGAUCUUAUAUAUUUCCUGGCUAUGGGACCAUGGGGAAGUCACUUAACUCCUGUCUUCCUCAGUGUCCCAGGAUUGUUGUGAAGAUCAAAUGAAAUAAUAUUUGCAAAAAUACUUAGCUCAGUGCCUGACACAUUGUAAGCAAUGUAUGCUUAUUCCCUCCCCUCUCCUCUCACAGAUCUAUCCUAUAUUCCCUUCCCUUCAGGCUCUAGUCUACCAAAGGAUAGGAAUGCUUAUUGGCAAACCAUAUGAACUCAACCGUGCUCAUUCAUUUAUCCAACCAACAUUUAUUGGUGCCCACUUGGUGUAGAGUAUUGUGCUAGGAAAUGUGCCUGGAAAUAGAAGACCAUGAACAACUCACCAAAAACCUGCUACUGCUUCCUUUGUGGAUGGCUGUGUGAGGCGCUGUGGGUAAAACAAAAGACAUGACAUUCCAAUUAAACAUUUAUUCAUGCAUGCUAUAUAGAUGCCACUCUGUCAGGUUCUAUGAAAAGAAAUGAAUGCUCCAGUCCAACAAUAAUAAUAGCUAGCAUUUAUA